AUGUCCAAUUAUGAUGUUGUCAUUGUUGGCGCGGGUAUAUUUGGAUUAAGUACUGCUGUGCAAUUGGCUCGUUCCAAAUAUAAAGUUGUGGUGGUUGAUAAGUUUCAAAUUCCAUCGCAGUUAAGUGCGUCCUGUGAUUAUAAUAAAAUUGUUAGACUAGAGUACAACGAUGAAGUCUACGCUGCACUAGCAGUGGAAGCAAUGGGAUACUGGCACGGUGAAAGUGACAAAUUUUUGCCUCGAGGAAUGCUGCAUGAUUGUUACUCUCAUUGUGGUAGAUUGAGUGCAAUUCAAGAUAAGAAUACAAGCAGAUAUGCUUUCGAUAAUGACAGUUUACAACUUCUACAAACAAAGUUUAAUAAGUGUAAAACUGUGGAACUACAUAAAGAGUUAACUUGUGGUGGUAAGUUCCCUCAGUUUUCUCAUAGUCAACGCUACGAUGAGAUUCGUUACAAUCCAGACUGUGGUAUUGGUUUGGCUAGGGAUUCACUAGUGACCAUGAAAAAUUAUGCUGAAUCAUUAGGCGUCGUAUUUCAUGAAAAUGAUGGAGCCGUGAGUGUGUCAGCGGGCACUGUUCAAUGUGAAUCUGGCAGAAAAUUCCUUGGACACAAAAUUAUUGUUGCAUGUGGUGCUAAUACUGUAUCACUUCUGCCUAUGUAUGGUCAGAUCAGGGCUACUGGGUUAUAUGUAGGCCAUAUUCAACUGACGGACAAAGAAUAUCAAAAGUUAAAGGAUAUUCCAGUGGUCUUCAACAGUAGCUUAGGAUAUCUGUUCCCUCCAGAUAAGCACACCAGGAUAUUGAAGAUUUGCACUAGUGCGAUGUCUGCAUAUGAUGAUAUGAGCAACAAAUCAAGAGCGGUCUAUCGGGCCCUACAGCCCGAUGCGGCACCCAGUGUACCAAUAGAGGCAGUCGUGCGUAUAAGAACAGUACUAGGUAAAUAUCUACCGGAUCUAGUCUUCGAUACCAAAAGAAAGUCAAAGUUAAGGGAUAUCAUUGAUUGUAAGAUAUGCUGGAUCAGUGACACAUCAAAUUCUGACUUCAUUAUAGACAUGAUCCCCGACCUGAAAAACGUGUAUGUAUGUUGUGGAGACUCGGGACAUGCUUACAAGUUUCUUCCUAACAUCGGAAGCUACGUACAGCAGAAAAUAGAAGGAAGAUUAGCACCAAUACUGGCACACAAGUGGAGGUACAGGGAAAGUGAUUGGAACGGUACGGAAAUCGAAUGGAGAGUAGAACCCGAAAAGAAAGCAUUACAAGAAAUAGAAUGGUACCAAGAAAGUUACGGCACCCCAAGACUGUAA